GAAAGUUUUGUGGAAUUGAAACCAAACUGGGUUGAGAAAUAUAGAUGGUUGUCAAUGUGUACAGCAGCUGAUUUUGUAUCUAAACGGCUUUGCUUUGGAAAUUUCUUGACAUUUCAGGUUUGCUAACUAAGCAAAUCUGAUGCUAACCACAUUUUAGGAGAACUUUACUUGGAAAAAGCAUGUUUUAUGAUGCCAUUUCCCAUAAAUGUUAUCACAACCAAAACCGGAAAAGCAAAAAGCAGCAGGUAGAAAAGCUAUAAAGGAAAUGAAAACAGCAUUGUGGUUCGAGUCUGUGAACUAUUUGCAACUGUUGAGACAAAAUGGAAAAAUUAAUUUUCUUCUGUGUAAUUUGGAUUGUAAAUAUGCAAACCUCUUCCAGUGAUUUGUCAGUAGGAGGAUCUUCUGUUCUGAGAGUUCGGAUGGGAGAAAACAUCACUCUGAACUGCAGCAUGAGGAACAGAGAUGAAGUCGCCUGGUAUCUUCUCAGAUCUGAAGAACUCGUUCUGCUGAUUUCUGCAGAGAAGGACAAAACCGGGAGAAGACUUCUGACCACUUACAAUCAAAACCGAACUCGUAUGAAAAUGACAGCAGAUAGUUGGGUCACCAGAGUCUCUUUAACUAUUACUGGAGUAAAAAAAUCAGAUUCAGGACUUUAUUUCUAUGGAAUAAAGUCUGACACUCCAGAGAUGCACUUCGACAAACCCAUCAGACUGGAGAUUAAAGAACUGCCAAAAAAAGUGGACAUUACAGUGACGGUGACGGUGACGGAGCGUGUGUUGAUGUUCGCUGGUGUUGGACUGGCUGUGUGUGUGUUUUUUCUGGCUACAGUCGUCGCAGGAGGAAUCAGUUAUCAUCGUGGACAGCAGAAAGGAUGGAAAGCAGCGAAACAAGAAGCUCUGAUGAAUCAAAAAUCAGCUAAAAUGAGCUUAAUUUGACAAUCUGAGCUUUGCACUGCCAGUAAAACCAGCAUCACUGUUAGGAAACACACAUUA